AUGUCCGAGUUUUACAGUUUAACUCCAAAGGAUAAGUCUGGUAAUCCAUAUCCAUUUUCUCAACUAGAAGGUAAAGUUGUAUUGAUUGUUAAUGUUGCCUCCAAAUGUGGUUUCACCCCACAGUAUGAUGGUUUAGAAGAGCUAUAUAAAAAAUACAAGGAUCAAGGUUUAGUCAUCCUUGGUUUCCCAUGUAAUCAAUUUGGUCAUCAAGAGCCAGGCACACAGGAAGAAAUUCAAGAGUUUUGCAGACUGAAUUAUGGUGUCACAUUCCCAAUAAUGCAAAAGAUUGACGUCAAUGGAGAUAACGAAGAUCCUGUAUAUCGUUAUUUGAAAUCACAAAAGGCUGGUAUGUUCGGUUUAACAAGAAUAAAAUGGAAUUUUGAAAAAUUCUUAAUCGAUAAAAAGGGUAAUGUUAUUGAAAGAUUUUCUUCUCUAACAAAACCAGUUUCUUUAGAUUCUAAGAUUGCCGAAUUAUUAAAAUAA